CCAGAACGGCGUCCUUGACGAGCCUCGUUUAGAGGGACACACUUGGCCUUUCAAAGACUGUCAUCUCGGACCGAACCGAACCACGCCUUUAAGGGACUCCAGGGGCCUGCAUAUCCCCCCGCAGAGCUCAGAGCAUCAUCUACCAGCCUCUAAGCCGUAGAAAACCAGUUCUAGAAUUAAAUGCAACUUUUCGUGGUUAGGAGAAGCCUCGUUGUGACAGCUGAGAAGCAGCGGACUUUGUAAACCUGCAACAGAAAGUCUUCUGCAGACGCCAUGCCGAGCAGAGCGGCGGCCAUCUUUGGGAUGAAGGUGGUUCUGAUGAAGCUGAUGCUGUCGGGAAUACAGGUUGACUCAGCGCCCGCGGAGAGGCGUGGAGAAAUGGCUGAACUAACAGGUUUUGGGCGAGGCCUUGAUCCUCCACUAGGGGGCUCUACAGAUCCCUCGUCAUUCCUCCUGAAUCCGAGUCAACACAUAAAAACCACCUGGCCUGAUCGAGCAACAGGAAACGCAGAGAGAAUGACUCCAAAAAGCAUCACUGUUGGCAUCAUGGAGGGAGAAUCGCGAAUUAGAACAGACGUGGCAAGACCAGACAGUCGAGCCAAGAUUGCCCGGAUGAUCUCAGCCCUGGCAGAGCUGCACAGGACCUUCAACAGCACACUGAGCUCCCACAUCACCUUCCUCCCUCGUGGAAACAGCAGAAAUCUAAAAAGGAAACCAAAAGUGCCCCCUGCUGCAGAUAAAGGAGCGAAGACCACCCCUGCCCCUCCGCCAGCCUCUGAGACCACCACUGCCGGGGCGAGCCCAGAUUCUGACACCCCCGGCCUGUCGGGACGAAACUUGCGGAAGCCUUUGCCACCACAGAGCAAGAAGACCAAUAAACGAGGCGACUGUUGCCGGGCAUCGGGAGGCUCCUGGCUCACCCGCAGCCCGGCGCCGCCUGGACUCAGCCCUUUUCUUUUAGCCAUAUACUAA